AUGGGCUCUGUCGACAUACAACCUCUCAGCAAAAUCUCGGCGGCAGGCAAGUCCAUCAUAAUCGAGGUUGCUGGCCUGCUGCUGGCCAAACGUCUGAAGCUCGAUAACAGCGUGCUCGAUGAGAUGAACUACAGCUGUCAUGGCCGGACUGCCCUCUACACAUCAGGAUAUAACCACACAUUAGGAUAUAACGCUCACGAGGAGUUCCGCGGCUCGGUUGUCCUGGCAAAAUGUUUCCACGUCGCCCUACGCAACGACGACAGUGCGAUCGUGUCAUUACUGCUCAAGUACGAUGCCGACUCAAACGCCGAGAGCGCCUAGAGCUGCUAUGGUAGAGCCAUUCACGAGUGCGCAUACUAUGGGAACAUCAAGAUGGCUCGCGUUCUGCUCAAACCCCACCCGGUGAGGCGGG